CACGUUGUGUUCCCGUCGGUCCCAGUCCGUUCAGGAAUAGGGAUCCAGCGGAAGCUGUACUGAGGAGGACUGCGUUACAGCUAAAGCCACGGAGCUGAAAUGAGUUUCCUUGGAGGUCUGUUUGGUCCAGUGUGUGAAAUCGAUGUCAUUCUGAACGAUGCUGAAAGCAGAAAAACAGCCGAGCUGAAGACUGAGGAUGGGAAAUUGGAGAAGCAUUAUCUGUUUUAUGAUGGAGAAUCGGUUUCAGGAAAGGUAAAUAUCAAUGUGAAACAAACAGGCAAAAGACUUGAACAUCAGGGAAUUCGCAUUGAGUUUGUAGGACAAAUCGAGCUCUUCAGUGAUAAAAGCAAUACUCAUGAGUUUGUAAACCUUGUGAAGGAGCUCGCUCUGCCCGGAGAGCUGACACAGAACCGCAGCUAUGACUUUGAGUUCAUGCAGGUGGAAAAGCCAUACGAGUCUUAUGUUGGAGCGAAUGUGCGAUUGAGGUAUUUCCUUAAAGUGUCAAUUGUGAGGAGGCUGUCUGAUUUGGUGAAGGAGUAUGACCUCAUUGUGCAUCAGCUGGCCUCCUACCCUGACGUCAACAGCUCUAUCAAAAUGGAAGUGGGCAUUGAAGACUGCCUACAUAUAGAGUUUGAAUAUAAUAAAUCCAAGUAUCACCUCAAAGAUGUAAUUGUGGGUAAAAUCUACUUCUUACUUGUACGGAUUAAAAUCCAACACAUGGAGCUUCAGUUGAUUAAGAAAGAAAUGACGGGAAUUGGGCCGAGCACAACUACUGAGACAGAGACUGUGGCCAAAUAUGAGAUUAUGGAUGGAGCACCAGUGAAAGGUGAAUCCAUUCCUAUUCGCCUUUUCCUGGCUGGUUAUGACCUUACACCCACAAUGAGAGAUGUAAACAAGAAGUUCUCUGUGAGGUACUUUUUGAACUUGGUGCUUGUGGAUGAAGAAGAUAGGAGAUACUUCAAACAGCAGGAAAUAGUUUUGUGGAGGAAGGCACCAGAGAAACUGCGGAAACGGAACUUCCAUCAGCGCUACGAGUCACCUGAGCCUCGGCCGAGUCUCUCUGCUGAGCAGCCGGAAAUGUGAGCGGGUUUUGGAAAGCAACCAUCCAGGGACACACAUACCUCUCAAUGACCAGUCGCAGGAGAGGAGAACAUCUUCCACCGAACAUACAUGCAGAUCGCUGUUCACAUGGUCACCCCUCACAGCUUAUGGUGAUGAACUGUGCCUGAUUUGGCUCUGUCCUCCCUGCCGUCUACAGCAAGCAAUCUGUUAGUAUACAAGGACACUUUUUAGAAAGCACUGGAAACAAUGUAAGUAAUCUAGCACAUCUUGAAUGUUGCACGCCUCCCUAGAUGAAGAAAUGUUUUUAAAAGUGCACUCACUGGUAUCCUCUAUGUUCCACAUCAUAGAGCAGAAACACAUAGAACUGAACACAUUUUAAAGAGCUUCUUCAUGCAUGCUAGCCGCUGAAUCUGAGUGCAUAGUAACAGUUAAUAAAGGCAAUGGUGUCAGUUUAAAAAGAUCAAGAAAUGUAAUGGCACCCAGGCUACACUGUAUUUGCAAUCCACUUAAUGUUGUAAAACAUUUAUAUUUAACUUAUUUAGCCAUCUUCUCUGUUGUUUGUUUGUUUCUUAAAUAAUCUUUGUUAAAUGAAUUCUGUCCUUGAAAUAAAAAAGUGUAUAUAUAUAUAUAUAUAUAAAAUAUUUAAAGAGGUUUUGGACUAGAAGCUUUAUAAAACUAGGGCAGUUUGUGUAAUUAUAUUGGGCACAUGUAUUCAACUUGUCAGCCCAGUUUUGAAUAACAUACUGGCUUAGUAGUAAAAGUGAAUUUCUGAGAUGAUUCAUUGCUAUUGAUUGCUAAAUAUCAUCUCUGCUGCAAAUACAUUUCAUACUGUCUAAAUUGUUAGAAGCCCCAGAGAAAUGAUGGAAUUUUGUUGUAUCCUUUGCAUGUCAUCCUGCUACAAUGUUUCCUAACAAAGGGGGAUGUUAACAAUUUUUCAUUGUUGCAAAUGUGCUCUAGCAUUUUUUGUGGUUUAUGGAUUAAAUGUUUAUUUGGACCUUUUCAUUUUGAAACCGUUUUUGAUUUCACUUUAAAACCAAAUGUAUUCUCUUUUUUUCCAUUCUUCUAUUGCUUCGAUUUUAAAACUCACACUACAUUACUAAUGGAAAGGUCUGUGUACAAAGCGAUUGAGUGCCCCAAUGGAAAAGACAUAACGAGUGUUUGGAGAACUGAUUGAAUAGAUGUGCUACGGCAACUGAGUCAUUUGUACAUCUUGAAAAAUUGUACAUAUCAAGUCAUAGUUUGUUUAUCUGCCAAUGUCAAAUAAAAAUGCAAGUUUAUA